AUGAUAUUUUGUCAUCUAAUUAUUAUUGAACGAAUUUGUGCCACAGUCUUUAUAAAAUGUUAUGAAACUAAGAACGGAAGAAUAUUUACAACCUCAUGGAUUUCUAUUUUUUUAAUUCUGUCAGUAUUAAACUUUAUUCUUAAUGAAGAAGAUGAAGCAAACGACAAUUUAUCUUCUCAAAAUGUGACAUUAUCUAGUGCAAUAAUUGCUAUGUUGCUGGCUUUAAUAGGAUUAUUUGAAAUUAUUUUGAUUGGAGUAAUUUGGAAUUACAACAAGAAUAAAUUAAAUGGAUUUACAAAUUCAAGUCAAUUAUCUAUAAUUGGAGGUAAACCUGUUGUUGUAAUAAAUGUUCAUAGGAGAACAUCUGAAUAUAAACUGAAAAAGCGUUAUCAGGUAAAUUAUAAAAGUUUGUUAGGGAUUGGAUACCGGCCGUAUAAAAAAAAAUUUAUUUGAGAUUAAUUAUUUGAUUGAAAAUUUAUUUGAGAUUAAGAGGUAUAUCAUGAGAUUAAAAGGUGAAAAGUUCCAUGGAAGAAGUCGGGGUUCGGGGAUGAGAAGUUCAUCAUUC